AUGGAACUGCAGGGGGAGGAUUUCCACCAUCCGUAUACGCCGUAUGACAUCCAACUGGAGUUUAUGCGGUCUCUCUAUUCCUGUCUGGAAGAUGACAAAGUAGCCAUAUUUGAAUCCCCCACUGGCACGGGCAAGUCACUGAGUCUGAUCUGCGGUGCUCUGACCUGGCUCCGAGACCACAAACGCAGAACAUACCAGGAAAAUCUAUCAAACACAAAAUGUAAAUUAUUCAGAUAUCCGGUAUGUGAACGUCAGGUAUUCCCCAAGCUCAGAUCCAUUUCUAAGACAGGUCGGGAACAGAAAACUGCCGCGCAGUCCACUGGGUCUGAUGACAGAUCGAGUGAUGACGAGUUUGCCCUGGAUGAUUACGACAGUGAAGGCGAAGAGCGAAGUACUACAGGCAAGGGUUCGGAAUCCGACCCCUUCAGUGGACUCUCUUCCAGCACUCUAGAACUAUUGGAGCGUUUCAAGGGAAAAUACCCAACGGUAUCCAACGAUGAGGAGGAGGAGGACGGAGUACGGAUCUUCUAUUGCUCGAGGACACACUCUCAGCUGACACAAUUUGCAAAUGAACUGCGCCGUGUCUCCAUGCCCUCGAGUCUCCCGGAGGAGCUAAGUACUAAUACCACAACCGGUGAAGCCAUCGAGGAACGCAUCAAACAUCUUUCCCUUGGGUCACGGAAAAAUCUGUGCAUAAACCCCCGAGUCCAGGCCUUGGAGAACCCAACGGCGAUCAAUGAGCGGUGCAUGGAGCUGCAGAAACCCGGUGCUGCGUCUCAGCACAAAUGCACUUUCUUACCGUCAAAGGAAACCGAGUCACAGGUCGUCCACUUUCGCGAUCAUGCUCUCGCAACAGUCAAAGACAUCGAAGACUUGGGUAAACUUGGAAAGAAAAUAGGCAUAUGCCCUUACUAUGCAUCCCGUUCGGUCAUCAACCACAGCGAGAUCAUAACCCUUCCAUAUCCGCUGCUUCUACAACGGUCCGCCAGGGAAGCGCUCAAACUGUCGGUAAAGGGGCACGUUGUCAUCAUCGAUGAGGCCCAUAACCUCAUGGACGCCAUCUCCAGUAUUCAUUCAGUGACUGUCACGCUCUCUCAGCUACAGAGGUCUAUCUAUCAAUUGACAACUUAUGCAAAGAAGUUCAAGACUCGUUUGAAAGGGAAAAACCGAAGCUACAUUGCUCAGGUUAUUCGAUUGAUCAAUUCAAUUGCUGACCAUCUUCGGUCCAUACUGGGAAGUAAACAACCACCAGAAGGUUCAGUUCGGGUCUCAGAUCUUAUGGCAGGCAAAGGUGCCGACCAAAUCAACCCGUACAAGUUAAGCCGGUAUCUGCAAGAAAGCAAGUUGGCCAGGAAAGUCGACGGAUAUGUCGAACACACUGAGAAACAGGCAGCCACUCAAGCGAUGUCCAAACCGACAACCCCCGUUUUGUUCCAUAUACAGAGCUUCCUGCUGCCGUUGAUGAAUCCUACCGAGGAAGGGCGGCUAUUUUAUAAUAAGAACCAGGGAGACAUCCAAUUGACAUAUAUGCUCCUGGAUCCGACCAACCAUUUCCGUGAGAUCGUUGAAGAUGCUAAAGCUGUUAUCUUGGCUGGUGGAACAAUGUCUCCGAUGACCGAUUACAUGCAUCAUCUAUUUUCCUACGUGCCAUCAGAUCGACUCGGAACAUUCAGCUACGGCCACGUUAUCCCAUCAGAGAACCUGAUCGUCCAUUCCCUGGCUAAGGGUGUUCUUGGAACCCAACUCGACUUUACCUACGAAGCCCGCAAUUCUGAGAAGCUGAUCAUGGACCUCGGGCGGACAAUAGCGUCAUUGUGCCAAGCCAUCCCGGAUGGUGUUGUUGCCUUCUUUCCUAGCUAUGACUACCUCAGUCGUGUAUUGAGCGUCUGGAAAAAGGCCACUCCAGGCCAAAGCAAGACCGUGUACGACGCUAUCGAGAGGCAGAAACCUAUCUUAUACGAGGGCCGAGAAAUGGCCGUCUCAACGGAGGAACUCCUCCAGGAAUAUGCAACGGCCAUCGACACAGGCCGCGGAGCCUUGCUUCUGUCCGUAGUUGGCGGGAAACUAUCCGAAGGGAUCAACUUCUCCGACAAGCUGGGAAGGGGUGUGUUGAUCAUCGGACUACCCUUUCCCAAUAUCCGCAGUGCCGUGUGGCAGGCAAAAAUCAAGCACGUAGAGCGAAAGGCCUACAAGCAAAGUUUGGGUUCAGAGGCCACCCGGCAAUCUACGGCUAAGAGCGCAGGGAGGGAAUUCUAUGAGAAUUCCUGCAUGCGAGCGGUGAACCAAUGUAUUGGCCGGGCGAUACGACAUCGCAAUGACUAUGCUUCUAUUGUUCUGAUUGACCAACGGUAUGAGAAACCCAGUAUACAAAGCAAGCUGCCCGCGUGGAUUCAGCAAAGCAUACGACCAGCGGGGAACACUGUCGGGAAUAUUUCCAGAUUUUUUGGUUCUCGUGCAAUAAAUAGUUAG